GAGAUAUUGCGGAAUUAUCUAAAGGAAAAGAAAUAUUUAGAUCAUUAAAAAGAGAAAUCGUUAAGUUUAAAGGUAUGGAAAAAACCCAUGGGUCAAAAAAUAAAAAGAAGAUAGUGGUAAUAUCGACUGUGAUGACUUGGGCAGGCGUCAAUAAAAAAAUUUAUGUGAGUGAGAAUGAUGCGAAUAAUAGAGUUCCAAAUCCGGAAUAUGUGGAACAUUAUGAAUUUGAACUUGAAGUGUUAGCUGUAAAUGAAACACAAGGAUUAAAAGAACAAUUAAAGACAAUAAUCAUUUGGUCUGGUCUUACAUAUGGAUUCGAACAAGAUUUGUUACAAUUCGCGUUCGACUCGGCUUGUAAAACUACCGAUUUAUUUCCAAUACCGAAUAGCCAAAAUCACGUACCUGUAAUACACGUUGAAAAUUUGGCUAGACUCUUACAUAAAAUAAUUUCCGAAGAUCAGACGCCAGAGUAUCAUUAUAUUUUUGCUGUUGAAAGUCCAAUAAAUACGUUAAAACAAAUCAUCACUGCUCUCGCUAAGUCAUGCGACGUAGCUAUUCCGACGGCUGUGUCAUUAAAUACAUUUAUGAAUAAAUAUGAACUCAAGGGCAUACACAAACAAAUUUUGUCAGUCGAUAUUAAAAUAAAUUCCAGCAUUAACCAAUUAUGGACCAAUUUCGAGUGGUACAACAGUAAAUCAUCGAUGCUGAAUUCAAUGAAAUGUUUAGUUGAAACAUACAAAAGAGCUCAUAAUAUUAAAGUAAAUGCACUUAAAUGCAUUACAAAUGCAUUAAAAAAAAAUGUUUUUAAAGCAUUUUUCGGAAUGCAUAGGUAUUUCAUAUUAUAGAUCAGAGUAGAGAUAUACGUGUAUUUUUUUGUGUAUAGAGUAUCAAAUUAAUUAUACUCGGUCCACCGGCUUCUGGUAAGACUAAA